AGUUUUCUAGUCGUCCUGCUCAGCCUCGACGUUCAUUCUACGUUGAUCAGCCGAACUCACUAGUUCUCUGCAUCUUUUGGAGAAACGCUCCCGUAAGAAGAAAUCUGAGAAGACUGACCAGAAACCUAGAACGAAGAGAAUAGUCGACGUUAAGUAAGAUCAUGUGUGACUGGGUGUGGUUACUAACUCUAUAUUCCCUCUUCGUGCUAGCACAACCUUUGCCAACGAAUCUGGCAGAGGAUGCAAAGAAGACUGAACAAACAAUGAGACCAAAACCUAAACGGGCACAGGAAAUGUUGAUGUACGGCAACCAACAGAAUCGUCAGCCGGAGAAUAAACCAAGCUCAUCUUAUUCGUCUACCGUGGAAAAGAGAACUCUAGCUGCAUCAGGACUAGGUGGAUUGAAAGCAGCCCUUACCGAGAAAGAAAAACCAUCUCAUUCUAAUGCACCUAACAACGUUCUCUACGACCAUGAUUCCUUUUCUCCAUUUGAUAGAAACUACGACGGAUAUGGAAAAAUCCUGAUGAACGAAUUUGGAUAUGAGAUGCCUCAAUGGGAUGUUCCGUCGUACUCUCGUUACUACUUGAACGAUGAUCGUCGGAAGAGAUCCGAGAAAUCAACAGUCACCGGAUCUACCACCAUGAAACCGUCCACGACCACUUCCUUCCAGUCUCCAACAUCUUCUACUCAGCAAUCUAUGCAGGUGCAAGUAAAGAGAAGCGUCCCGAUUUAUCAGGAACCACGAUUUAAGAGAGAAUUGGAUAUUGACCCGCAAGAUGUUUUAACACUCCUCUCCCUCUGGGAAAAUGAACGCCACAAGCGAAACUGGCAUAAAUAUAUGGACGAUGAAUAUGAAAAUGUAGACGAUGAAGACAACCUUCUUGAAGAAGAAGAUCCUCGAAACAUCAUUCCUUGGAUGGAUUCUUCGGCGUAUCCCCCUCGACAUUACAGCGUAGAGUCUUUAUCACCGGCAGAUAUUGGAAUCGUUCGUACUCAUCCAUCCAGCUAUUACGAACAAUACGAAAAUCAGUACGGGCAACAAUAUGAUGCGACUUCUCAAUACGGCAGUCCUCAGUUUGGUUUGGUUUAUCCUCAACAGACUUACUAUAAUACCCCCGAGAAAAGGUUUAUGGUCUCCAGGAAACGCUCGCAGACGUACGAUCCUUACUCCAGCGCAGCUCAGUUUCAAAUAAAUCCCCAAUCACGGGGAUACCCAUACCAACACCAUCUCAUCUACUAAAUCGAUAUCAACUCGACGAACAGCAACAAAAUUAACACGAAACUAUCGAGAAUGUAUUUGAAGAAAGUGAAAGAUCCUAUCGAUAAAACGCGGAAAGAGGGUAACGAACUGAUGUUUUCGGACUCAUGUAUACGCAAAGAGGAACCAGACAAAAAUUUUGGGCUUUCUUGGCGAAUGUUCCCUCUCUGACGUCUUCUUCAUUUGACUAUUCUGUCUUUAUUAUGAACACAGCGGUACGUGCUUGAGAAAGACUACACUUAUUUUAACAAAUACGGUGCUCAGAAAGACUAUUCAUAGUUUACAAGAGUCUGCUGAAGAGACAAUAGUUCUUUUAAUUAACUUCUUAAUCGUGUGGUCACCAAUCAUCGAAAUGAGUAACGAAGAAAAAUUUGAGUAAUAUUUUUUCAACAUCUUUCGAAAUCCUUCAAAAGUAUUAAGAGAAGCCGAUGGAUAUAGAAGCGUCUUUGGUUUCAAUGUACUCUUGUAUUUUUCCGCAGAAAACGAUGAAACUUUAAGGCGCAAGAAAAAGGCACAGCCCGCGCGAUGACUGAAAUCGUUGAAAAUAAUCGUAGUUACUCGAAUCAAAUUACCCUCAAACUUGGUUCAUGACUUUUCUGACUGAUUAAAAAGAGAGAAAGACGACGAAUAGUUUUUUUCAUGAAUUAGCUCGAAGAUAGUCGUAGCACAAGAUCUAAUAGAUAAACAUAGUAGGUAUGAGAAAAUGAUUAAUAUGAAAUGAAAAGAUGAAACGAUACUUCUAAUUCGGUGACCUAGAGAAAGGUAGAUGAUUUCUUAGCAAAAUUUAGAGCGAAAGAUGAUGCUGAAAAUAUUUUAUAACUUUCUCAUUACGUUUCACAUCUACGGAUAUGUAUAUCUUGUUAUAAAUAUAUAUACAUAUACCUAUAAUAUGUCGAGAAAAAUGAGCAAAGUAACUGAAGUUCGAUCAAGCUUGUUUAUACCACUAUUAUAUAUUUCAACCCCUUAAUUUACUUUGCAAGAGGCAAGAGAUAAAUGUUAAAGGUACACAAAUACAUGAAAUAUUGAAGCACGGUGUAUAUUGAGUACUGCAAAUAUCAAUUUGAAUCCAAUGAAAUCGUCGGUAUUUAGAGUUAUAACAACAUAUCUUCUACUGGAUUCAUAUCUUAUAUUCAACGUGCCGACAUGACCGAUAAUUCUCAAUCCCCCCUUACUUUAAACAUGAUCGUCAAUUAAUUUUUCUAACCGUGUACAAAAUACAUAAUCGCAACAUUCAUCGUCAGUGAAGUAUUGAUGAGUGUCAAUGCAUAUUUCAAUGAUAUUCACUUCUAUGGCUGACUAAAUAACUUUCGAAAAUAAAAAUUUCACGACUCGAUUGUAAUCCUCGAUGAUUAUCGUUUCCAGUUGUUUGACAAACAUUAUUGUUGAAUGAUACUAAUAAUUUCUAUUACGAGUUGGCAUUAAUAGAAAGCAAUCACGUUAACAAUGUCUUAUCGUAAAAGUAUUUGCAAAUUCAACAAAAAUUAAAAGAAGAUAAAAUUGUGAGAUUUAUCGAGUGCGUGAAAUUUUUUAUUCUCGUCCUCUGCUGCGAAUGUAAAGUGUAAAGCACCGUUAUACCGAUAAUCCAUCGUCUUACCAUUGUCAGAAAAAAUAAAAAAGAAAAAUACAGAAAGGUAAAAAAAAAAGAAAAGAGAAAGAAAAAAGUAUAUAAAUAUAUCUAUACAAACUACACCGAGUGACAUCUAACGUUUUUGUCGAUCGAACCAAACACGGCCUUCCAUAGAGCAAACGUUCCGAGGAGACUGAGUAAUUUUUCCUUUUCGUUCCUUGUUGUUUGAUCAGUAUAUGCUUGAAAUGCGUAUAUAAUAAUAUAACAUAUGAUAUUGUAACGGUAGGAAAAAGGAAAAUCUAACGGAUGACUGACCGAUCAAUUGGACGCGUGACGAUCGGCACGAAGAAAAUCUUUUGUGCUAUAUAUUUUUGACGAUCGUUUAGCAUGUAAUUAGAAUUACGUAGACUAAGUAAUACCAAGAGGGAAUGAUUCAGUAUUUACUACUUAUUAACAUGUAAUUAAUGUUAUAGAUAAUGAAAAGUAUCGAUUAUAUAUUGUGUAUGAUUAAAGGAAUGUCAAUCAAUCGGGUUUGGGUUUGGGUUUCAUUGAUACGCCGUAAUGUUUCGCAAUCGAACAAGGUAUUUACUUGAGAAAUUAAACAUUUUAACGGAUAAUUGUUUGAAAAAUAUCUCCAGAUACUAUAUUGUGUGCGUAUUUUACAGCUACAACUUUUCUUCUCUUGUUGAAACAAAUUUAUUAUCUUGAAUCUCUAUUAAACUGUAAAACAUUACAGUCGCGAGAUUUUUCGUAAU